UGAUUUUAUUGAUACAAAGAAUCGAUAUAUACAUUCUGAGAUGACUUACUUAUACAUAUACCAUACUUUAAGUCACGUGACCGGUCGUCAGUGUUGGCUACAACAGGAAGUAAACCAUACGUAUGUGUGUGUAUAUAUAUGCUUGUGUACAUAGGUUUAUUGCAUUAGCUGUAUAGCAUCGGACCUACAUACCAGUGUACAUUCGGAAAAGUACAUAUAGCAUUAACAGUUGAUUCAACAUGCCAGGCCAAAACGGACAACUGGAUUUACACAACAAACAAGGUGGGAAAUUAUUUGGACAACUUAAAAGCAAGCAAGAUGAGGAACUAACAUCGAUAAAUCAGACCUACCUAGAUGAUGAUGCGUUACAGGAGAUAGAAGAGUUACCUGAACAACUCAACAAGUACAAAGAUCAAUUCAUGGAGUUUGAUUUGGACAACUCUGGCGAUAUUGACAUUAUGGAGCUGAAGCAGAUGAUGGAGAAGCUGAAUUGCGCUAAGACUCAUCUGGAGCUGAAGAAGAUGAUAGCAGAGGUGGACACGACUGGAUCAGGAACUAUUUCGUACAAAGAGUUCCUCGAUAUGAUGUUGGGUACAAAAUCAACUGUCCUCAAACUCAUUUUGAAAUUCGAAGAAAAGAUGCGCGAGAAGGAAAGGCCUAAAGGACUACCUCCCAAACGUGAUCUGAGCAGUCUGCCAUGAACAUACCAUCAUACUGAGUUAAAACUGAUAUAGAUGGGGACUUUUUGGAACGUAAUGGUCGAAGUUGUGUCAGACAGUGUGUGAGGUUGUGUAACUAGUUAAAUGAAAGCUAGUAGAGGAUGAAUUAGAGAUAAAAGGAUGACUCCGGCAUGAAUGACGGCGCGUUUUCUUUUUUAUUUGUUCCUUUCAUUGUUUAACAACUAAAAAUGCCAUAUAUGUAUUUGUAUCACAAUAUUAUACAUGUAUUUGUCCAUUUGAAAUGAAGGCCUUUAAAUAAGUAGCUCUUUAACGUCUUCCAAGAUAUAAAGGAAAUAAGGCCACAGAGAUUUGAUAUAUUGUCAAUUGAAACUGUGAUGUCUAUCAUUUUUUUGGUGGGAAAAAAUAGUUCUUGUUCAUAGUGUACAAUUAUCAAUUAAUCGUCAUAUAUAACAAAUGGUACAGUUUGUUAAUUGAGCAAGACAUUAACUUUACAUUCCAGUAAGUAAGUCACAGUUACAGACCAGUACUUAGAGUGUUAAUUGUUUUUACUAUCAUUGUCCGAUUCUUUCAUCACCUCCGUUAAACACUUGCAUUCAUAAUCAUUGUUAAUUUUAUGUUCGAUAUAGCUAUGCAAUGACUUAUUAAAGUGCAAUUACUACA